AGUCCACAGACUGACGCUCUAUCCACUGAGCCAAACCAGUUAGGGCAGGUUUCAAACUUUUGAAAUUGCCCAUUUUGAACUUAAAUCUAUAGAAGAAUUUUAAGAAAACUUUUUCCCCCCAGUUGUAUUUGCCUUAUUUUAAAAUUUGUUUUUCUAUUUUAUUAAAAUUUAUUUUAGUACUUUUUUUUUUUUUUUUUUCUUACUGCAGUGAAGACCAUCAGAUACAAACUAGAAGAUGCUUGGUCUCUAAGAUUUGACAGUAGACAAGAGUUAAGACAGUUGUUUUUGUCUACCUUUGGCAUCAUGUUUUCCUACCAGUUAUGUAAGUUGGAGGGGUAAAAGUGGGGUUUAAUGUUUCUUUAGAAGCUCCCAGAGUAAAGCCUCUGUUUGGAUAUCAUGAGAAGGUACUGGUUUUGAGUUUGCAAAUGAGGUUAUGAUCUUUGAAGGAGCGUUUUAUAGCCUGGGAAUUUAUUUCAACUUAAAAGUUUAAGGUCUUUGUAAUCUUAUUUAGUUUAAUUGUUCAAAUAGGAGAGAAACAUUUUCAACUGUAGAAUUUGUGCUGAGGAAAUAUAAAUGGCAGUAUAAUAGCAAGUACCACUGUCAGUGGUGUUUAGACCCAAAGAAAAGAUAGAUGUUAAACUUGCUGUGAUACUUCAGAUCACAAUAACAUUAGUGAAAUCAUGGCAUGAGUACUGAGAGGUAACAACCAUUGUUGCAUAUUUUUCCAAUUACUUGAGAACCUUCUGUAUUUGGUUGCUGGAAUGUUGCCGUCAUCACAUUCUGUGUUGGGUAUGACAUCGUGAACUGGAACCAAUGGCAGUCCAGGACGCCCAGGCCUGGAGCUACGCUAUCUGAGAAGUCUGCCGUGUGUUGAAGCCACAUUCAACAUGGACCCGAAGGCUCUGGGGAAACUGGUGGAAUCCAUCAGUAAAACCGUCAAGAGCUUCAAGAAAAGUGAAGUCGAGAGCCUCAUAAUACUUUUUCACGGCUUGGUGGAAAAACCUGAUGUGAGGCUUGAUAACGCUAGACUAGAUCGGAGCACAUUUCGAAUGAUCCUGCACGGCUUGUUUGGAAUGACUGAUGAUAAGCUAAUGAAUAGGGUAUUUUUUGCAUUUGACAAAGACAGUGAUAACUGCAUAAAUGUAAAUGAGUGGGUUAAAGGAUUAUCAGUGUUUCUUCGAGGGACUUUUGAAGAAAAGCUGAAGUUCUGUUUUGAAGUGUAUUAUUUGAAUGGUGAUGAUGGUUACAUUUCUCGAGAGGAAAUAUUUGACAUGUUGAGGAACAGUCUACACAAGCAGUUAUCUGAGGAAGAGACUGAUGAAGGAAUAAAAGAAUUGGUAGAGAUAACGCUGAAGAAAAUGAUGAGAAAACUGAAGUACAGAUGGGUUUACUCAAGGUCACACUAGAAAAUUCGGUGCAGAAUUCAAUGAAACCAAUAAUAUCCAUUUCUAAUGGACAUAGUAAUUUCUCUCCUUUUCUUACUGUGACCCUCUACCGGAUACCGGUGAAUAUUUGUGGCCCUAAGAUUUGUGGGCUUGGCUAACCCAUGACUCUGGAGUUUAAGAAAGAAACAUGAUGUGGACUGCCGAGUCUCAGACUCAGCUAACACAGGUCCAGAGUAUCCCCUUCCACUGGAAGUGCUCACUCGACCCUGCCAGGGCUCAGGGUAGACUUCUUGAGAGACAGUAUGUUCCCUCAUACCAAACCCACCCUCUUCUUUUUUGAAAGGAAAUGUUACGGAGUGAACCUUUUCUGACAAUUAUUCAAACCUUUCUCUAGAUUAGACUCUCAGUAGCCCUGAUUUAGUUAUACCCUGAUGUGUGGAAAAAAAACACACACCAAAGACCCAUCAGAUCAAAUCCAAAAUCACUGAAGCAGUUAAAGGCAUACAUAAUCCACACACAUGCUACCCCAUGAUUUACUUAGUCACCCAUAGUCCCUGUCACCAAUGCUCCACUUGAGGCAGGUCCCUCUUCUCCUGACUUACUGUCAUAAUUCAGGUUGGGCCAUUCUGCACUUCCUCCACACACUUCCCCACCUCUCUAGAUCCCAACCAUCCCUAAAGGCCUAGCGGUGGUCUGCAUGACUCUAGUCCAUCUUGGGCUGUGAGUGCUCUAACUCCCAGUGCCUCGGUCCUUAUCUGAGCAACUCCACUUUUAUCCUUUUUACAUGAUGAGCUCCCAAGUAAGAGAUCCUUUCAGGAACAAGUUCUAGUACUAAAAAUUAAGCUUGAGAAUUUUUGCCCUUGGUCCUUAUUUUAUCACAAAAAUAGCUGUACAAUAUGGGCUUCCUCUCUAGGAUUAUGACAACGAUGGCAAGAUCUCUUUUGCCGACUUUGAAAAAGCAGUGAAAGAAGAGAGACUUUUGUUGGAGGUGU